UCUUCGCCGGCCUCUUCGCGGCGACGAGCAUCCACCUGUGUUGGAACGACGUUGAUGACUAAACGAGGUGCCGAUGAUCUCACAAGGUCAGGUGAGAACAAAAGAGCUUGCUGUAGUGGAGAAGCGGCAACUGAAUCAUCGACCUUAGGUGACUUACAAUUGGACUCUAAUGAAUGUAGUAUCUGGAGUGAAACUAUUCAAGAAGUUGCAUACAAUUUGUCUAGAACUGUUGUCUCAGUUGUUCUGUCCAAUGGACACACUGUCUUAUUUACAUGCUCGGGCAUAGCUAUAGAGUCUGGGGAAUCUGUCUCCCUUGGGCCUUGUACAACCUUUCUGACUUCAGCAUGUUUGGUCAGAGCUUUAGAUGACAAUAAAACAAAAUACCAUGAUGAUGAAUUGAAGAUUGAAGUGCGCUACGGAGGAAAUGUUUACACAGGGUCUUUGCAACAAUAUGAUUUUGACCACGAUAUUGCUGUUGUCAAUGUCAUGAUGUGCAUUCAUGUUAAUGCCAUAUAUUUUGCUGAGGUUGAAUGUCCACCCUAUAGUAAGGUAGUAGCUGUAGGGCGUGACAUAUCUGGCAAACUAAUGGCCACAAGUGGGGUACUGACUGGCGAUUCAAGUGGAUCUGAAGAUUGUGAAGAUAUUAUGAUAUCUACUUGUAAAAUUUCGGAGGCUUGGAGAGGUGGGCCAUUUGUUGAUUUUGAUGGGAACUUUGUUGGCAUGAAUAUUUGUUUGGUUACGGAAGGAACUCUUUUCCUGCCUGAGGAACUAAUUCUUGAACGGUUGGUGUAUUUUCGGACAUCCCUGCGAAGGACUAAAUUUAUAGCACGGUUAUCAAAUGCAGUCAGAAAUGGAGGAAGACCUAUAGGUGACAUAUCUAACUCUGAUCCAGAAGUACAUAGAGUUAUCCCAGAGGAUGAGAUUAUUGUGGAUAUAGACUCCUUAGGUUAUCCAAAGCUAUCAAAAAGCAUAUUACAUGAUGGCAUGGUUUUGGUUAAUACUUUUGAAGAACCUUUUGGUGAUGUAUAUUGUGAAGGUGUCUGGAGUGAGCUCAGUAAAAAAGUUUCUGAUACCAUAUGUUGAAACAUCGUGGCACUUGCUUCAUUCAAUGGAGAAACUAGGGUUUUUGCUUGCACUAGUUUUUUUAUUGAAUGGGAUGGAUUGGCGACUAUUCUGACUUCGGCUAGUUUGGUCAGAAACUCUGUUGAUCAUAACAAGAUUGAUGAAAACUUGAGGAUUGAAGUGCGGCUUCCAAAUAACAAGUACAGAGCAGGGAGAUUAGAGCACUAUAAUUUACAUUACAAUGUUGCUCUAGUUAGUGUCAAGGAUU